CCCGGGCGAGCCCGGCAGGGCAGAGGGAGCCCCGGCCCCGAGGUUGCUCUCCGCGCCUGAGGAUCAGUCUUGGCCCCCAAAGUGCGACGCACACAUCCACAUAACCUGAGGACAAUGGACGCUGAUGAGGGUCAAGACAUGUCCCGAGUUUCAGGGAAGGAAAGCCCUCCAGUGAGUGACGCCCCCGAUGAUGGGGACGAGCCCAUGCCGGUCCCUGAAGACCUCUCCACCACGUCCGGCGCACAGCAGAGCUCCAAGAGUGAGAGAGGAGUGGCCGGUAAUGUUAAAGUAGAGGCUCAGAGUGAUGAAGAGAAUGGGCGUGCCUGUGAGCUGAAUGGGGAAGAAUGUGCGGAGGACUUACGCGUGCUUGAUGCCGCGGGAGAGAAAAUGAAUGGCUCCCACGGUGGCCAAGGCAGCAGAGCUUUGUCGGGAGCUGGAGGCAUUCGACUUCCUAACGGCAAACUAAAGUGUGAUGUCUGUGGGAUAAUUUGCAUCGGCCCCAAUGUGCUCAUGGUCCACAAGCGAAGCCACACUGGGGAACGGCCUUUCCAGUGCAACCAGUGCGGGGCCUCGUUCACGCAGAAGGGCAACCUGCUUCGACACAUCAAGCUGCACUCCGGGGAGAAGCCCUUCAAGUGCCACCUCUGCAACUACGCGUGCCGCCGGCGGGACGCCCUCACGGGCCACCUGAGGACGCACUCCGUUGGUAAACCUCACAAAUGUGGAUAUUGUGGCCGAAGCUAUAAACAGCGCAGCUCUUUAGAGGAACAUAAGGAGCGUUGCCACAACUACUUGCAAAGCAUGGGUCUUCCAGGCACCCUGUACCCAGUCAUUAAAGAAGAAGCUAAUCACAGUGAGAUGGCAGAAGAUCUGUGCAAGAUAGGAUCAGAGAGAUCCCUCGUGCUGGACAGACUAGCAAGUAACGUCGCCAAACGUAAGAGCUCUAUGCCUCAGAAAUUUGUUGGGGACAAGUGCCUGUCGGAUAUGCCUUAUGACAGCAGCGCCAGCUAUGAGAAAGAGAAUGAGAUGAUGCAGACCCACGUGAUGGACCAAGCCAUCAACAACGCCAUUAGCUACCUGGGGGCAGAGUCCCUGCGCCCGCUGGUGCAGACGCCCCCGGGCAGCUCCGAGGUGGUGCCGGUCAUCAACCCCAUUUACCAGCUCCACAAGCCCCAUGCAGAGGGUCCCCCGAGGUCCAACCACUCGGCCCAGGACAGCGCCGUGGAGAACCUGCUGCUGCUCUCCAAGGCCAAGUCGGUGUCCUCCGAGCGGGAGGCGUCCCCGAGCAACAGCUGCCAAGACUCGACGGACACGGAGAGCAAUAACGAGGAGCAGCGGGGCCUCAUCUACCUGACCAACCACAUCAACCCGCAUGCCCGCAACGGCCUGUCCAUCAAGGAGGAGCACCCAGCCUACGACGUGCUGCGGGCGGCCUCCGAGAGCUCCCAGGACGCCUUCCGCGUGAUCGGCACGAGCGGGGAGCCCAUGAAGGUGUACAAGUGCGAACCCUGCCGGGUGCUCUUCCUGGACCACGUCAUGUACACCAUCCACAUGGGCUGCCACGGCUUCCGCGACCCUUUUGAGUGCAACAUGUGCGGCUACCACAGCCAGGACCGGUACGAGUUCUCGUCCCACAUCACGCGGGGCGAGCACCGCUUCCACAUGAGCUAAGCCAGGCCGAGAGAGGCACGUGGGGCCCAGGCCCUCCCCUCCUGCCAGCAGCCGGGACUGGACCAGAACCUUGUGCUUUGAUUUCUAGGUGGUUUUUCGUUUCGUUUUGUAUAUUUUUUUUUUUAAGUCGGUUGGUUGGCUGGGGUUUGAUUUGCCAAGAUUUUUACUGUUAGAGACAAGGUUACAUGUGGACACCCUACCCCCGCCCCCCAAAUUGCUUUGUUACUAGAUGUGCUCAUAGACUGUUAGCCGAAAUCCCCUUCCCCGCUUCCUAGAAUUCCCCUCCUCCAAAGAGUUGCUCGUUUUUAGAGAAUGUUUGGUAAAAAUAGGUCAGGGCAUGGGAAGGAAUGAGCUGUGCUGAGCGUCUCCUGCACCCCAUGUGGCUGCCGAGGCCCCAGAUGCAGUGAGCACAGCCCUUGGUCCUCAGCCUGGCAGGUGGCCCCGUCCCCCACAACACAGCAGGGCCGAGAAACCCAAGCCGGAGCGUCUGAUCGCGUGCAUCUAGGUCUGGAAGCCUGCAGUUUGUAAAAGAUGUGAUUGUAAGUCACAGCCUGAACCAAAAGUACACUGUUGGAGCAAUGCUGGACUCCCCGGGCAAAGGGCACAAGGAGGGGUCGGAGGACCUGGUGGUCUCCGUCUCAGUUUCCAAACUGCUGUAGCAUUGCUCAGCCUUCUCUGGCUUUCCAGCAGGUGGAAGGUGCCCCCAACUCCACACUCCCGGAGGUCCAUCUGGAGACCACCGCCCUCUGCCUCCUCACAUGUGUGCCUCUCGUACCCAGAGUCUGACACAGCACUUUCAACAUCCAUCGUGAAGUGCUGACCUUAAUUCCUUUGAACCUCUCAAAUGGUAACAUUCCUCAGAAACCAAGGCUUUAUCCAAAUUCCACACUCUUCACUCCCUGCUGGUUCCACUGACAGCCAGAAGCCUGUUUCCCCUCCGAGGCCCAACCUAGACCCCAUUUCAAUGAUGUCACUGGUUUGUUGGUUGGUACAUUUCUUUCCCUGCCCUCACACUACAUUAUUCUUGUCCUAAAAUCCAUAAAAGGAGCAUGUAGUAUGAUCAGUCGUUUUCAGAGCAAGGAACUGUGAUGAGCAAAGCCCAGGAGAUGUGGCUAACAGGCUGAACCUACUUGUUAGAAACUAAACUUUGCAACAGUCUAAAACUCCCCUGUAAGGACAGAACAGCCUCUAUGUGCCCACCCAUAAAUAGGAACGUCCUUUCUCACCCGGGGCUUGGAAGGCACAGAGCGACCAUGAAACCCAUCAGCGAGGUCUGACGGGAAGAGGCAGGUGGUUCUGGAGUUAGAACCUUCCUGAGCCGUGUUGCGGGGAGCCCCGCUGAGGUGUUUGGCCAUUCUUGUCCCCACUGGAAGGGGUAGCCCUCAAGGUUAAUCCUAUCAUUAAAGAUAAUAAUCCCAACCACCUAGGCAAGUAAAAACUAUACAGUUUCCAAUGUUUACAUGUCUUUGCCAAAACUGAACCAAGGUUAACAUGAAAAAAAAAAGAAGAAAAAGAAAAAUUGUCUAUAAGCACCCCUGCAUGUAAUCUAAAUCUGGGUUUUUUAGUCACAGUGCCCUUGACAUUUGGGGCUGGAUCAUUGUUUGGGAUGGGGGAGCCCCCUGUGCCUUGCACAAUAUUUAGCAUCAAUCCAGGUCACUACCCAACAGAUACCAGUAGCAACCAAAAAUCUCUCCAGAUGUUGACAAAUGUCUCCUGGGGAAGCAAGUUGAGAACCGAGUUGGGAACCCCUGCUCCACUUAAACCAGUCGAGGGUCUGGGAACCCUUCCCAAGAGCAAGUGUACUGGAAGAAUUGUCCACUCUGGGGGUCUAGCUCCUGACCUGUGUUCCUUUGUACUCACUGAAAAUCCUAUAAAUGAAAUAGUCUCUCUCAUUCUUCAGAAGCAAAUCUCCUUGUGUGCGUUUGAGUUCUGUUGAAAGGAUGGAGCCCACACAUGUCAUUCUUGAGGUGUGGGUGUCUUUGCUUAUCAAACGGUGUGGUGUUUUGAAAUGGGAAACAGAGUCACGGAGAUUGAGACUUGGGUGCCUGGAUGUGCUGAGGCAGGUAGCGACAGGGCUGCUGACGGCUGUGAUUCCACACUCUGUCACAGAAAACUAUAUUUCAUCCAAACGAACAUGGUCAAGGUGAGAGACUUCAGAGAUUUCCGGUUUGCUGGCAGUGAACCUGCCUUGUUCUUUUCCAUCCAUCCCACACAGCCAGUUGGUGGAAAGGAGUUAAGUUUUCCCCACCACGUGGCUUCAGACAAAGCUGAACCCCAAACUGUAAAUAGUGGCCACAGAUGUUCUUUCCUAAAAUGCUCCCAUCCCCUCCCCCCACCACUGCCUUUUCCAGCUAAUGUAACCGUCUAUUUACAUACUUUUUCUUGUGGUUUUAUAUUGUAACACCAUUUUUCUUUGAGAUUAUUGUGUUUAAAGUAAGGUCCCAUAGAAUGGCAACAAGUAAUUAAAUUAUGUUACAAAGAUGGUCCUGUUCUGUACCGAAAGCUGUUGACAUUUUCUCUUCUAGCUGGUUAAAGUAGGGUUUUGCAUGACUUCAUUCCUUUAUGUGCUGUGAUCUGUUCUGUUGUUGGAUAGUGUGAGUGUGUGUCUUGGGAACUGCUGUGUCCUGAAGGGUGCCUAGGCUUUAUACACCUAUCUUUAAAAUAAACACCAGAGACAGGAGGGUCACUAGUUUUGGGUCAAUGUGUCGAUUACAGUAAGAAAUCACUGCCCUUCCCCUCCCGUCCCCAUCACUGAGCUUCCCCCAACAGAAAGCCUGGACACCUGCUCCUCACCCAGGUCCCUUCUGUGACGUGGACCUCAGAGCACAGGCUGUCCUAUUGGAAGGAUCACUAAAAAGAUUUGAGGUGUCAUUGUUUUGCCACCAAAGGUCGUAUCCCCACACCAGUCACUUCAGAGACCGGCAUGUUCCACUUCCAAUCGAGAAGCGUCCACAAAAAGAAAUCCUAGAAUCUUCAUUGACAAAGGAAGCUACUGUUAAUGGAGAUGUGAGUUUGGGGUUUUUUUUGGGGGGAGGGAUUCUUUUUAUUUCUGUGGGGGUUUUUUUUUAUUUGUUUUGAUUACCAUGUAGCUCUCAUAGUGUGGUAUUUUUGCCAAAGCAGAAGCAGAAUCAGAUGGACUUGCAGAGACAAAUCACGAAGCAGAUGUAUUUCUCUUUACCUGCACUUUUUGAGUUUCAGCAAUAAGGAAGGGUCAACUUACAAUCCAGUCAGCUUUCAUUCAGCUCUGUGUGUGUGUGCGUGUGUGUGUGUGUGUGUUUAACUUUAAAAUGAACCACAGUCAGAUCUAUUUAAGAUGGACAGGUCUCAGAAGAAAGAAGUACAUCCACACAUGGGUAUGGUCGCCUUCACUGUGAACAGAUGUAACCAGGUAUUAAUAUGCAAUAUUGUUUCAAAUACUUUCUAAUACACUUUUUUACAAUGUUGUCUGUGGGGAUCCUCAAGGUCCAAUUUGCUUGCAUCCCGGUGCAGCUUUAAGUCUCUGAACGCCAUUCUGGAAAAUAUGUGUACAGGAUUGUAAAUGAGAAAAUGCUCUUGUAUUUCCCAUCCGCCUUCUCUGGUGAUGUUAAAUUAUUUCUGUUUAGCUGUGAAAAGGGGUAGCAUACCCCCUGGAGGAAUAGAGGAUCCUUUUGUACACAUUUUGAAAAUGCUUCUUCUGUAGUGAUAGAACAAAUAAAUGCAACAAAUACUU